AUGUCUGACGCCCCCGCCGCCCCUGUCACCGAGAACGGCGUGCCUCCGGCUGCGCAGGACGAGGUCGUCGAAGAGACCCCCGGCUUCAAGGUCUUUGCCGGCAAUCUUGCGUACUCUACCACGGAUGAAGGGCUGAAGGCGUUCUUUGCUCCUGUUCAGAGCGACAUUCUGUCUGCCCAAGUGAUUAUGCGGGGCACUCGCUCAGCGGGCUACGGCUUUGUUUCAGUGGCGACUGCCGAGGCUGCGCAGAAGGCCGUCGAGCUCCUCGACAAGACGGAGCUCGAUGGCCGUCCGGUGAUCGUCGAGGUCGCCAAACCAGCCGACCAGAAAGACAAGGAGAAGAAGCAGAGGAAGUUCAAGAGGAGGCCUGGUCGCCGUGGAAGCAAGUCCGUGCCCGGCGAAGUCAGCGAGGCCGAUACCAAUGGUGAGGCUAACGGUGACGUUUUUGAGAAGAUUGAGGGCGCCGCUCCUGGUAAUGAAGAGGGCGCGAAGCCCAAGAAAAAGAACAGGAGCAAACGCAAGGCCAAGGCUCGCAAGGCGGCUGCUGCGGCUGCUGAGGGAGAGGCCCCGUCUGGUACGGAGGGAGCUACGUCUGAGGCUAAGAGGACUCGCACUCGCAAGCCUAGACCGCCUCGCCCGCACCGUGCUGUUGGUGAAGAGCCCCUGGGCGAGCCGUCCAAAAGCGUCCUGUUCGUAGCCAAUCUGGGCUUCAGCAUCGACGACGCGGGCCUCGCACAGCUCUUCACGGACGCCGAAAUCUCCGUCACUUCUGCGCGCAUCGUACGCAGGCGUUGGGGCAGACCUCGCAAGAGCAAGGGCUACGGAUUCGUGGACGUGGGCGACGAGGAGAACCAGAAGAAAGCGAUUGAGCUGUUGCAGGGCAAGGAGGUGGAGGGGCGUGCUAUCGCUGUCAAGAUCGCAGUGAACCCCCAGACCGAAGAGGGUGAUGAAGCCGAACACGGCGCUGAAGCUGAACAGCUGGAGCUGGAAUCUCGCGAGGAGGGCCUCAGGAAGAGUCUGUUCGAACGGGCGAAGGAGGAGGAGGUUUUUGGGCAGCAGAAUAAGGCAUUGGCGAUGAUGAAGAAGAUGGGGUACAAGCCGGGGGAGUCUCUAGGGCAGAAACAUGACGAGCCAGGACCGUCUGGCAGCGCACCAGCAACAGCAGACAAGGAUGUCGAUGCGAGAGCAUCCUCUGCGGAACUACAAGAUGGCUCGAAAGCCGGCAUACAGCACAUAACAGAGCCGUUACCGUUGCAAGAAUGGGCUGGCCGUAAGGGCAUUGGCCUGGGGAAGCGUGCCGCCUCUCCUAGUGCGGCGGAGAGGCUCGCAAAGAUGGCAAAAAUGGCCGAGGAGACGGACCAUGCCACUUUUCGUGACCGGGCCCGUGAGGAGUACGAACAGCGCCGCGCGCACGGUCGUCUCGCGCCUGCUCAGCGUACCUGCAUAAAUCUAGACGAAAAGGCCGGUAUAAAGUUCAACGUCUUAUGGCUCAACCCAGACAACCCGGAGACAUUCCCCGAAGGUCUCUUGGAUGCAUUGGACAAUCCGGUGCUCGUUGAUGCGUUGGAGCGGCAACAGGCAGAUCGCAGCAUCGAGGGCCGUCUGAAGGCUCGUAUGCGCGUGGACGCGCUGCGACCGCUCGCGACAUCAUUGGAGGAGGACGACGAUCCAGGAGGCGACACAGUUUCUGCAGCUGAGCGUGAGUCGCCAUGUGUCUCGACGUCUCAAGAUCAGACUUAUGACUUCAUGGUUGCGCAGACGAAAGAUAGAUUGCAGCUGGUGCUUGACUACCUCCGUCAGAAAUAUGCCUAUUGCUUCUGGUGCGGAACGCAGUAUGACGACCGGGAAGAUAUGGAACGUAACUGUCCUGGGCCUGAUGAAGAGGCGCAUGAUUGACACGACCGCAGCGGGUCGCCGUGCGGAGGCGUAGACUGAUUCACGUGUUGUUCUGUGCGGGGAAACGGACUAGCACGGUGGAGUAUGUGUAUGUAUUGUACGAACACGUUUGGCCAGAUCAAUACAUGUUGGUAACGCAGCUGCAACGCUAGUCCGUAGGGAAACGACCGUAUCAGCCUGGGAGGCUUGAAGAAUGCAGCAACGAUCAAAGAGCGUCCUAGGUAUCAUGCAGUCGAGGCGAGAUGAGAAUGAGCGUGCCGAUAUUCACGAUGUCCACGGCGAACGAGUCAGACACAAAAAGUCGGGUAGAAGAAGACUCGGAAUAAACUAUAUGAAAGAAUGACAGACGAUAAAGGCUUGACUCGAUCUAUAUGGGUACAACGGAUAGCUUGUUCAGAGAGGAAUACAACUCCGGGGAACAGCUCCAAAGUCCAAUUGUAGCCUCAGGCCAGG